UAUUGUAAUUUAGUUAAGAGCCCAUCUAGGAUUAGUUUUGUCUCGAAUUGUAUUCCAGUUAAAAAUAAUUUGAUGAUAAAAUUUGUUUAUCUAUGGUGAUUUCGUAAGAGCCCACCAAUGCGUCGUUCUGCCUAGAAACCCUAGCUGCCAGCUGGGAUUCAUUUCUUCAUCUGAUCUGAAGGUGGUGGGGUAUUGCAGAGAAAAAAAGGCAGAUCUGAUCUGAGUUGAAAGGGAAAAACAAAAAAAUGGCGUUGGCAGUUUUUCGAUUUUGCGUGAUGUCAAGAAUAACAAACGGUGUGACUCGUAAACUGAAAGAAGCAGCAACCUGUCGGAAGAAACCGGGUUAUGUCUACAAUAGAUCUGACGAUCUGAAUCUUAUGGAGUGGGACGACUACUGGAAUUGUCCUCGUGGUCAUGUGGAAGGACUUUACGACGACGAGUAUAGGCGUAGCGUAGAAGAAUUCAACGACCUUUACGCAAGUGAGCCAUUUGCUAGUUGUGUGGAUGAACAAGAGAGAAGGGAGAGAGUGCUUGAUCAUAUGUUUUAUUGGAGUAUAUAGCUGACAAAAUCCCCAAAGAUUGUCCAAUUGUCAGAGAUUCGGAAAUAUUUAAGUACAUCAGUCCUGGGGUUUAUGAAGUCAUUCCCCGUCCCCCUGUCGGUCAUGGUGAUCUUACCAUUGAUUAUCCAGAUCCCCCAGUCAGAGUCUAUGUCAGGCCAGAUGGCUGCACUGCCUACACCGAGGAUGGGCUUACCUGUUAUUUUCCCGCGCCGACUCAUACUGAAUGACUCAAUCGACUGCAUGCAUGCGGAGUUUUAAUGUUUCCGUCGACCCUUUAUCUUUGUUUCUUGGGCGAGAGAAAGAGAAUCUUCUUUUCUUUUGCUUCUUGUCAUUCUUCUUCUUCUUCUUCUUUUUCUUUUCUCCAUCGUUACAAAUACAAAAUGCACCGAGGAUUAAGAACGACGUAGGCGUCGCAAAGAUACUUACUCUAGUCAUGAACAAUAAUAAUAGAAAAAGAGUGAUUUGUUGUUGAAGGUUUGCUUUUAACAGAACGAGA